AUGGCGUCCGUGACGUAUGCAGUAAUACUGCUGGGAUUAUGUGCUCGGAUCUGCGACUGCUCACAGUCAGAUGCGCACGAUUGGAGACUCUCGGUGACCAAAUAUCCAUGGGGCGACAUUCUGGAGGGCAGUGACGUCACUUUCACAUGCACCAUUGUCUCCAGCAACCCAGAUUUGUUUGUGUGGAUUGAGUGGCAGCACCUUCUUUCUGAGGAAACCACCACUCUCACCGAACCGACAUACGUAACGGGCAGCGACACUUUGACCCUUACGGGGGUGUCUGGGAACCAGGCCGGCAGUUACCAGUGUGCAGGAAGCAACUCCUUGUCACCAGCCUAUUGGAAUCCCACUACAUUUUCUGGUUGGGGUCGUUUAUCGCUUAUCUAUCGCCCCGUCAUUAUGAACAAAGAUAGGACGUGGAUUGGUGCCAACAACAACUACACGACGACCUUAGAAUGCAUCAUCCGAAGCGAUCCCCGCCCUGCAGUCACUUGGUACGGUCCAAACGGCGCCAAUAUAACCGAAGACACGGACCCCGACCGAGUCUCACUUGGAGAAUAUCUUUAUUACGAUUCUUCUUUCGGGUUUAGAUUCCACAAUAAGCUGACAAUCAAUCCAGUGAAUUCCAGCACUGAUUACGGGAUGUACAGGUGUAGGGCUUCCAACGGCAUCGGUACAUUUGUCGACCAUGAAAUCGAGUUGAAAGAAACAGGACCGCCUGAGGCGCCAAAGGACCUCAAAAUAUCUAACGACGGCGCACUAACUGAGGAUACCAUCGUGUUCAACUGGGAGCCAGGCUAUGACGGGGGUGAGGAAUUGGAGUCCUAUUACAUGAACAUUCGCGGGAUUCCGGGAGAUUUCAAUGCAUCGAACUGGAUCCAACUUGGGCCAAAGGAGCGGUAUUGGGCGUAUACUGACCUCCAGCCGGACACUCUUUACCAAAUAACAGGGUAUGCCAGGAACAUACUCGGCCCCAGUCCAAACACGACUCUGGACGUCCGCACGACGCCCACUUCACCGAGUGACUUAGGUAUAACAGUGUCAUAUACCAAGUCAAAAGGGAGAAUUAUCGUCACCGGCAUACCCAGAGCUGACAAAGACAACAGAGCCUGCCUACGACUAGCGGGACGGGACCUGGAAAACGUGUUUGAUGUUAGUCUGAGGCCAGAUCUGGACUGCAUUCAGAGUGCCGGCGAGUUCGAAUACUUCGCCGACGGCCCGUAUUUUGACAACAUGCGAUGUUACCUCUGCCGCGACAAACUGUGCGGUCGGCAUUCUUACGUUGCUUAUGUUUGGGAGCUUUUUGUGACCAAGACCCCAUCGGGAACUGUUCUGGAGGGGGAUGACGUCACUCUCACCUGUGCCUUCGACAGCGGCCUUUCGGGAUGGAUUGAGUGGCGGUACAGUCUGGAUCGGGAAAUAUCGACCACUCUCACCGAACCGAUGUUCACUACGGACAGCAACGACUUGACUUUUAAAGGCGUAUUCAGGAACCAGUCUGGUUGGUACCGAUGUGCUGGGAAUAGCAUGUGGUCAGACGAUUGGAACCCGAAUCGAUUGUCUGAUUGGACUGUUAAUGUAGUCUUCUACGGCCCUGAAAUCAGCAAUAAGGAUAGAACGUGGAUUGGUGCGAACGACAACUACAAAUCAACCUUAGAAUGCAUCAUACAAGGCAAUCCCCUCCCCAAUGUCACUUGGUACGGUCCAAACGACACCAUUAUUACCACCGACACAUUACCUGACCGGAUUUCACUUGAAGAUACCAUAUCCGGAGAUGGGGUGUUUGGAUAUCAGGUCAUUAGUCAAGUGGUCUUCGCUGCAGUGGAGAGCAGCACCGAUUAUGGCAUGUACAGGUGUAGGGCUGCCAGCAGCAUCGGUACAUUUGACGAGCAUGAAAUACAGCUGAAAGAAACAGGAAAUCCUGAACCCCCAAAGGAACUUCAGCCGUGGUACGUAACAGACUCACGCAUCUCGGUCCAAUGGGAGUCGGGAUACGACGGAGGCGAGGAGUUAGAGAAUUUUUUUUCCAACAUUCGCAAGAUUCCUGAUGUGUUCGACCCACUUGACUGGAUCUCAAGCAGGCCUGAUUAUAAUAUGAUAACGUACCGUGACCUGCAACCGGACACACUCUACCAAGUAGCAGUGUAUGCAACCAACAAGCAUGGCUCCAGUCCUUAUGCGACUCUGACCGUGCGCACAAACCCCGGAUCUCCGGAUGAAAUGGGUACAACAGUGUCAUACAUCCAGGCACAAGGUAAGUUUGUCAUCACCGGUAUACCGGAAGACGAAGAUGCCGGAACCUGCCUACGACUUGAGGUAUAUGACGAAGCUCAAGGGGAAUGGGUGAGUCUGAGGCCAGACCUGGACUGCAUUCAGCAUGGCGGGGAGUUCCUGUACUCCAGCCCGUAUCCCACAGACCACUUCCACUGUCUCUACUGUCGGGACGACGUGUGCGGUUACUCGUCUCAUGUUACGAUUGUUACACCGACUCCACAGCCCACCCGUCCCACAGGUGAUGCUAACAGCAAUCAAGUGGUGAUCAUAGCUGUGUGCGUGGCUGGGACCAUUAUUCUCCUGCUAGUGACCAUUGCAAUGUGUUACAUCUGCAAGUGCUGCAGCGGUAAACCUCAAGAUGAAGUGCGGAGGACUGCACCACAACCAAAUACGACAGUUGAAGUAUACAACCCUUCGUACGACCCGCCUCCAACCUACGUGCAAGCAGUUGAAUUGGAAGCCAAUGCUGGCAAAAAUAACGAUGACCCCCCACCGGCGUACGAUUGUGUGCCAUCUCACGAAGCCCCGAAGGUUACGGAUGAAAACGAAGAACAAGUCUAGUUGCCUAUUCGACCGUACAUGGAGCAAGGGAGACACAUAUGACAAAAUGCAGAUGUUACCCUAGGGCGUCUUACACCUAUACUUUUUGAAAUACUGUGGUAAUUGAUUUCAAAUUUGGUUUCCUCUCACAUUUUCCAUAAUUUCCUGGAAUGUCUAACCAUUUAAUAAUUGAAAUAUUUCCCAUGCGUUUUUAUACAAUUUUUCUCCAAAAACUACAACAAAAACAAAACAAAAAAUCCAGGAAUCAAAAUUUCCUAAAAAAGGAAGGAAAUACGAAAACAAAUGAUGUAUAUAAUUCCGAAAUUCUUAUUUAUUUUAAAAUUCAUUUUUUUUGGGUUUAAUUUUCGUAUUUAAUUUUCUUUUUUUUUAUUUCCUUGCAAUAACCAUGCAAUUCAGCGUCCAGCUGCGAAUCGGUCUAAUAAAAUGUGAAUAUGAGUAUAUAUGAAUAUGAAUGUAUACAUCUUUAUUAAAAUGUCCUUGCAUUAUCUAUGAUUCUCCCAAUGGAUGAAACGUAUUGCUAUUUUUGUCUUGUUUACAAUAUUAAAGGGUUUCUGAUUUUCAGUAACAUAUUUUUCCCCCAUUUUGCUGUCAAUUUAAUGCACGUAAACAGCAUGAGCGUCCGCAGGGGUGUCAAUGGGAGUGCAAAUGUACCAGUAUACCAGUAGCAUAGUGCAUUUAUUUCAAUGCUGUCCUUGGAAAUGUACAUUGUCUACAAUAAGUAGAAAUACAAUAUUACAGGUUCAGUUAAUAUCAAAUUAUUACACAAAGGCCAACAUUUAGGUUUGGGUGAAGCACAAUUUUUUUGUUCCCUAACCUAGGAACAGACAACGGGACAGACAGGACAAAGGACUACAACAGCAAAUGAGUGUGCGUGCAGGUACUAAGACGUAACAAUACAAAAUAAAUUAAAUGAUAAAUUUAUAAAUAUGCAUCAAGAAGUUGUUGUUUCAGUUUUUUGACAAAAUUUUGACAAUAUUUAAUAUAGUCUGUGAUGUUGCUUUUUUUCAAAGAUUCACUUAGACUGUUCCAGUAAUUAACACCACAUUGAAUAAGACUGAUUUUAAAUAGGACGUUAGACUGUAACGAACAUGGAUUAUUUUCUUGAAGCACUUCGAGUAUUGUUCGAAUGUAUGUUUGAUGAUAACGUAAAACAUGUGCUAAAAUAACCAGGUAAUGCAUUAUUAAUGUACUUAUAGAUACAUUUACCUAAAUUUAAGUAGUAGAUGUCUUUAAUUCGUAACAAUUUUAUAUUUGCAAGUAGGAUCACAGUAUGAACACGGUGGCCAGCAUUAGAAAUGAUGCGAACAGCUCGCUUUUGUAACAAAAAAAGUUUGUCAAAAUUUAUUGAGGAACUACCCCAGUUUAGAAAUGAAUAGAUAAAAUAUGGGAGAACUAAAGAAUUAUAGAGCAUAACUAAAAUGUUGCUUGGAAUGAAGAAUUUUAAGCAAUUCAUUAUACCAACAGUUUUUGAUAUCUUGCUCCAGAUAUCACUGAUGUAUUUUUUUCCA